UACUAAACUCACAUAAAGUGCAACAAAGCGUUUGAGCUGUCUGUAGGGGUCAGUCAGUUGAUUAGUGCACUAAAGAGUUAAUUGGCGGGAUAAUUAGUGACCAGACUUCUAGCCUAACUCACCCAGCAGCCCUUCAAACUGCUCAAUGGCCAGCACCGCAUUGUCCUGCGUGCUGUGGUGGAGGUGGUUCGGCAUCUUGGUCAUGUUCCACGGCAUGGACCGGCACAGCGGGAUACGCACCGACUCACAGGACGCAGCGCGGACCGCCGAAGCCGGCCACAGAGCGCAGGACACGGCCAGCAGAGACACGGAGAGUCCUGGGGAGAGCAUGUCGGUCGCUCGGUCGGUUCAGAGAGGGGUAGCCUACAGUGGAGUCACGGCAGCGCCGUCGGUGCUCCGGGGAAGUCUCGGCCGCUCACGCUGAACCAGAGCCAUUCUGAUAGGAGCCGGACCAACGCUGAACGUCUGAAGAAACAGGUUCACUCCAGUCCGGUGCAGUCAUGCAGUCCCUGACUGCAGAGAUCCAGAGUUUCUCUCGGACGCGGUUGAGGAAGCAGUGCACUCGCGUGACGUCACUGAGCGGCCGGCGCAUCAUCGAGACCUGGAAGGGUUCUACGAUCACUGUGGUGGAAGACCCCGUCGCCCCGGAGAAGAUCCUGGGGUACGUCCCCGACACUUCCUGGGACCUGCAGGUCGGCAUCGUCAAGCCCUACCUGCUGCUGGGUUCUCAAGAUGCUGCCCAUGACUUUGGCACGCUGAAAAAACACAAGGUGUCUCACAUCCUGAACGUGGCCUUCGGGGUGGAGAACGCGUUCCCCGACCUGUUCAUCUAUAAGACCGUCAGCAUUCUGGAUCACCCCGACGCUGACAUGCUGCUUCACAUCCGGGACUGCUGUGACUUCAUCCAGCAGGCUCGCAGUGAGAAAGGCGUGGUGUUGGUCCACUGUAACGCCGGCGUGUCCCGGGCACCGGCCGUGGUCAUUGGUUACUUGAUGUCAUGCGAAGGGCAGACGUUCGACGCCGCCCUCUCAUUGGUCAAAUCGGCUCGGGGCGCCUCGUCCCCCAACCCCGGCUUCCUGGAACAACUGCGGAGCUACAAAACGCCGACGAUCAACGGAUCCAAACACUGAGGCAGCAAUAGAAAUGCUCGGGGCGGUCAGACAGUUCAAGAACCAAAAAUUUAGAUAUUAAGAUUUUAGAUAAGAUAAGAUUAGAUUUUAAUGAGAAAUGUUUCAGGUCAUUCCAAGAACUGACAUAAGUAAUAUUAAGGAUUUUUUUUCAGCUCUUGUUAAAUGGUCCAGAAUAAUCAGACCAGAUGAUUCCACAGGUUGAUAUAAAAUACUGCACACCACUUAAACCCUUUGAAAAUAGUCUUUAGUUUUGAGACAAAAAGACAUUAUUUUCUUGCUUGCGUGCUAUUAUUGACGAUGUCUUCUUUGUGUUGUGGUGCUGUCGUUCUUUGAGUCAUCUCUCUGUUAUGUUAAAUUAGAUUAAGUCUCUGUGGGCGGGGAUGCCUCCUCUGCAUUUGAACCCAUUCCCUCACUGUUUAGGAGCGGUGGGCAGCCACAAACUCCAGAAUCUUUCAUUUCUAAACAUAAAAAUGAAUAAAA